CCUGGGAUCAUAAACAUAUUCAGAACCGAGAAAUAUUCCUCUGCUCCAUCACACGAGAUGGCGCCUCCAGUGGAUUAUCUUCGUGCGCGGAACUGCUGGACAGAAAAGACGUGUGUGUGCGCGCGCGCGUGUGAAGGCAGACAGGGAGAAGUCUUCACAGCUGAAUUACCUCUAAAUACAACACGCCAGAUUUCUCUUAAGAGGUCGAAAGCCGUGCACUUAAGGAACAAUGGUCUAUGUGUUAAACGACUUUGAGGAAAUCUGCAUUACUUAUCUCGUUAUAAUCCUGCGACAAGUCGAAUGAGUGAAGAUAAAGAAAUUCAAUUAUUUAUUCGUGUUUUGAUUCAUUCAGAAUGCAUUAAUGAACUUGAAGUGACAAGGUAAAAUUAUGUGCAUGAAAAGGAGUGGAGAAAACAGAAAUUCGAAGAUUACAGUUUUUUUCACGUUUUUAAAGGGGUCGUUGAACAAUGUCUACAUCGUAGACCCAAAUCUUUCACUCUGACAGCAAACGGCGGUGGUCGAGAUCUUGUAGAAAAUCAUGUUGCGUUUCUCAACGGAUUUGGUGUAAAGUUUUGUAAAAAAAAAAAACGUUAGGUUGUGAACUGAUUAUUUUACUCGGAAGAUCUGUGUAUCUUACUGGAGCAUUCGACUGAUGGUGCUUCUUACAUGAUAAAUUUGGUUGUUCCUGAGAAGUCACUCCUGGGAUGGACCUGCUUCUCGACGCAAAGGCAAUAUCCCAGGGUGCGGUCCCACGGUGAGGCAGCACAUGCGGUCCUGACUGAGGUGUAGAAGACUGCAGUGGUGAGCAGAUGAUGUUCACAGACAAGAGCUCCAGCACGUCUGUGCCUAAGAAGGCGCCCAAGAAGAAGAAGACGCGCCCCCAGGGCCUGCCCUCCCCGGCCCUGUGCUGCGCCUGCGGCCUCUGCAUCAUGCUGGCGGGCAUCAACAUCACCCUGGUGGGCGCCUUCGCCUUCGGCUCCUUCCUGCCCAAGAGCAACCCGCCCAUCGUCAUCGGGCCCGUCCUCCUCCUGGUGGCCUUCACCUUCUUCGGGGCCUGCUGCGUGUGCAGCCGCCGGCCCCCCGCCCAGGGCUCGCGCAAGGCCAAGGGGGGCGGCAACCUGGGCCUGAUCCGCACCGGGGGCGUGGCCUUCGAGAUCGAGACCAGCGAGCACACCCUGCAGGACACCACCGCCGUCCAGCUGAGCCCCACCAACUCGCCCGGCUCCUCGCGCAGGUCCAGCCCCUCGUACGAGGCCGCCUCGCGCGCCUGCAAGCUCUUCACCAUGGAGACCAACGGCCCGGCGUCCGCCUGCUACUCCGCCUCCCCGGCCGGCGAGGCAGUCCAGCUCAACCUGCCCCGCGACCCUGCGGCGACAUAAUGUGGAAAUUAGGCGCGGCGGUCUUUUGCCCUGCUCGCGUGAUGACCCCCCAGGCCGCCGCUCUGUCAUAGGAGAGUCACUGGGGAAGCUCACCUCCAGCAUCUUCAGAGUGAGCCCGACAGUGCUAAUGAAUUGUUCUCUGCCAGAGAUCAUAGCCUUUCCAGCAGAGCUUUAGACGUCAUACUGAGCACUGUGAGAGGACAAACUGGAAACAAUAUUCUGUACUG